CUAGUUUUGUGUUUGAUGGUAGAAGAUGUGGAUUAGGGUUGAAGUCGGGAUAUGGAUCACUAUCAUCAAUGAUGUCACUAUUAUCGUCGCUUAUUACCGUAGUUAAGUUCAGAUACACCUACCUACCUUUACGCAGUACACAAGCCUACUUGUAAUACAUUGUUGCCAUGGCUAAAAACAAGAGAUGGGUUUAUGCUCAUGAAUUCAAAGGCGAACCAAAGGAAUCAGACUUUGAGUUGCGGGAAGAAGAUAUUCCACCACUAAAGGAUGGAGAGGUGCUGUUUGAGGCUGUCUACUUGAGUGUUGACCCAUACAUGAGGAUGUAUGUGAACAUAAUAGGACCUCCUGAAUACACUAUGAUUGGUAGCCAAAUUGCUAGAGUAGUGGAGAGCAGACAUAAAUCUUACAAGGUCGGCAACAUCGUUGUUGGCGACUUCGGUUGGCAACUUUUCACUGUAUGUGAUCCAGACAACAUUACCACACUUUUUGGCACGAAGGACAAACCUUUAAUUCUACCUGACUUUGGUGGCUUGCCAUCUUCAUUGGCCUUGGGAGUUUUGGGCAUGCCAGGUAAUACAGCUUUUUUUGGGUUCUUGGAGAUCUGUAAGCCCAGUGAAGGAGAUGUUGUAGUAGUGAGUGGGGCUGCAGGAGCUGUGGGCAGUCUGGUGGGACAAAUUGCCAAGAUCAAAGGCUGCCACGUGAUUGGGAUCGCAGGCUCAGACGAGAAGCUGGCCUGGCUCAAGGAGGAACUCAAGUUUGAUGGAGUUAUUAACUACAAGACACAGAAUGUUGCAGCUGAGCUGAAGAAACUUGCUCCAAAGGGUGUGGAUUGCUACUUUGACAAUGUUGGUGGUGAAAUCAGUUCACAUGUUGUAUACCAGAUGAAAACAUAUGGCAGAAUAUCUGUGUGUGGAUCAAUAUCAUCUUACAAUAAUGAUAUCAGCUCUAUACCUAAAGCACCUGUGAUACAGAUGGCUCUUUUGAUGAACCAACUGAGUAUGGAGGGGUUCCAUGUCCAGCGCUGGAUAGAUCGCUGGAUGGAGGGUAUCAAACAGAACUUACAGUGGAUACAAGAGGGUAAACUCGUAUACAAGGAGACAGUCACAGAGGGGUUCUCCAAGAUGCCUGAAGCCUUUAUCGGGAUGCUCAAAGGAGACAACACUGGCAAGGCAGUGGUUAAGGCUUAGCAUUGCCAACCGAACAAACAAAAGUAUAAUGUUCUAAAAUGUAACACCAAGUGCUUGGGGAUAUUGCAAUACUCCUCAUACAAAUAUAAAAUGCUUAAUACAUUGCAUUUCAAAUAUAAAGUAUAUUUUAACCAACUUAUGCCUUAUUGUGAAUUUUGUUCUCAAGGCAAUGUUUGUUUGAAGAUUGAGAGCUAGUGAUUUUAUAAGUCUUCCAUAAGCUUUAUACUGUUUGUAAUGUUAGGUUACAUCAAUAUGAAUGUUCUAAGUUAUCAAUAAAGAGGAACAAGGCCGA